GCGCGUGAGCUGAGCGCCGGGAGCCGUGGCUGUGUGAGGAGUAUGCAGCGCCCCAACAUCCUGCUCACGGGUACACCAGGGGUUGGAAAAACCACACUGGGCAAAGAACUUGCCUCAAGAUCAGGACUGAAGUACAUUAAUGUUGGUGAUUUAGCUCGAGAAGGGGAGCUAUAUGAUGGCUAUGAUGAAGAGUAUGAUUGUCCCAUUUUAGAUGAAGAUAGAGUAGUUGAUGAGUUAGAGAACCAGAUACGAGAAGGUGGUGUUAUUGUUGAUUACCAUGGCUGUGAUUUCUUCCCUGAACGCUGGUUUCAUAUAGUUUUUGUGUUGAGAACAGAUAACAGUGUAUUGUACAAAAGACUUGAAACAAGGGGUUACAGUGAGAAGAAACUACAAGACAAUAUUCAGUGUGAGAUUUUUCAAGUUCUUUAUGAAGAAGCCACAGCAUCCUACAAAGAAGAAAUUGUGCAUCAGCUGCCCAGCAAUAAACCCGAAGAUCUAGAGGAUAACAUUGAUAAGAUCUUGAAAUGGAUUGAGCAAUGGAUCAAAGAUCAUAACUCUUGACCUAUAAGACUGGCCAUAUUACAGUCACUCUUGUUGAUAGUUUUCUGUCCAUUUCAUAGAAAUUGCCCAAAUAUCAGUUUAAAAAAAAAGAUUAAAACUAUAUUGUAGGCCUGGCAGGUAGAUAAUGUAAAGGUUUUGCCUGGGUUUCUUUUUCUCCAUGAGAAAGCUAAACAUAAUGAAUAUAAUAUUAAGGUUUGAGAGUAAAAACUGUCAUUUAAUGCUUCAUUUGUGAAAUACUCUGAAUGGGUAGUUUUUAAGUUCAUUACAGAAGAAAAUGCAGAUGAUCUCUUAAAAAGUAAGCUAAAACAUCAGAGUAUCACUUUUCCUUACAAAAAUUAGAAGAGGCAGUAUUUGUAUGUAAAAUUCAGAAGGUACAAAAUGGUAUACUGAAGGGUUGGUUUCCCUUCUAGGCCACACCGGUCUCCAUGCAUGCUAGGUCACUUUAAGAAAUAAUGUUACUGGUUUCUGUAUAUCUUUUUAAGAGUUUAAAUGCUAAUAUGGCAUGUGUGUAUAUAUUUUUUAAAAAGAAUAUAGUAGCACACCUUGCACCCUUUUUUUUUGGUGGUACUA